UCCACAUUAAAUUACAGAGAGAUGGCGAAAAGCUAUGUCAUCCAGUCACUUCCAGCCCUCAAGAUAUUGCGUCACUUGGCCAAGUAUCCCCACUCAACGGUGAUCGGACUUCUCGUGGGUACGAUCGAUGGGGACCGCGUGACUAUUUUGGACGCCAUCCCAUUGGUCCAUCACUGGCUUGAUCUGUCUCCGAUGCUUGAAGCUGGUUUGGCGUUGGCGAAAAUUCACGUGGAAUCGAAGAAUUUGAAGCUGCUCGGAACUUACGUUGCUCACUCCAGAACCGAUCUCAAAUCCUUGGAUAUCGUUUCUCAAAGGCUCAAUGAAUCUCUUCAAUCCGACUCCUCGAUUGCGCUUGUCAUCGACAGCACAAAAUUGAACACCACUGAUAACCCAUUUAUCCCGUACACGCGCUCGAAAGAUAGCGAAUGGUCGGUACUCGGCGAUAAAAGUCUACAAGUGAAUGUUCCCAAGGAUUGGCUUCAUUGUGAAGGUUCGAUUGGCGACUUUGAUGACCAUCUUGAAGAUCUCGGUGUUGAUUGGCUAGUCAAUCCGACCAUCGUAUGCCCUACCUAGGAGUAAACAGUCUUGUUCAAGGUAUCGACGUCUCAAACUCAUGUAACAAACUUCAAUUCACGCAUAAAUCCACCAAUGAAUACAUUUGCAUCUGAAGCUGAGGAAGAUUUGGAACCCACUCGGAACUCUGGCUAGCCUCAAACUAUUCACAUUUGUUAGGAUUGGCCUCUCGCACUCCUUCGAUUAGUCAUUCUUGACUUUCUCGCCUGUUCCCUAGUAGGAAAGUGGAUGGUGAACCUUUCAGGUCUGAAGCGUCAAAGGACCUGUGAGGAAAUGAUUAAAGGGGCUGAUAAGAAGGUUUUCACAGUGUAAUGAAGGUCUAGAUG